UUGGCAAGUAAUUGAUUAUUAGUUAUUACGUCACUCAGUCCGGUUUGCCUUAUAAGUCCGCCGUCCUCCUGGCUCUUUCACUCACACGGUGACCACUCGACGCCCGUGCGAGACGACCCACAGCUCCAGCUAUGCAUGAUCCUUUUAGUUCCAGUGUCUGACGAAGUCUGCAACGGGGACGCUCCCUGCGCGAUGGCAAAGGAAACAAUUGGGGCAUCGAAACUAGGGAAGAUUUCCCACAGUGACAAUAAAGAUGUUCUCGCUAAGGAGGAGCUUGUUCCGCAAGGAAAGACCAAGAAGCAGCUGGCGAAGGAGCGAAGGAAAGCCUUGGGGUUGGCCUACGCCGUUGAUGAGAACCCACCCUGGUACAUCUGCUUAAUACUUGGAUUCCAGCACUAUAUGACCAUGGUGGGCGGAACACUCUCUCAGCCUUUUAUCCUCAGUGUUCCCAUGUGUUUCUCCAAUAACCCUCUGGCCAUCGCUGAGGUUCUUUGCACCAUGUUUUUUGUCUCGGGGAUUGCAACUAUCAUUCAAGCUACCUUUGGUGUACGUCUGCCUAUUGUCCAAGGAGGAACGUUUUCAUUUCUUGCUCCUAUCUUUGCUAUUCUCUCUUUGCCGAAAUGGCAAUGCCAUCCAGUUGCUAUGCCAACGAACAGCACGCUGAGCAAUGGCACGUUGGAAUUUGGUGAGGUUGACUGGAAAAGCAGGAUGAGAGAGAUCCAAGGAGCUAUUAUGGUGUCUUCCUUGUUCCAAAUCGUGAUUGGCUUCUCGGGAGUGCUGGGGGUUUUGCUCAAGUUCAUAGGACCAAUCACGAUCGCCCCUACAAUAGCUCUAAUUGGCUUGUCCCUUUUCCACGUUGCCGCUGAACAUGCUGGAAGCCACUGGGGAAUAUCUAUAAUGACGAUAGCACUUAUCACCCUCUUCUCCCAGUUCCUCUCCAACACCAAGAUUCCAUUCCCGUCAUACAGUCCUACAGCAGGCUUUCGAUUGGGAAAGUACCCCGUCUUUCGACUUUUCCCAAUCAUCUUAGCUAUUGCUGUAUCAUGGAUCAUCUGCGCUAUUAUCACGGUUGCUGGCGGUUUCCCCGACGAUCCUUCUAAUCCGGGCUAUAAGGCACGCACAGACGCGCGAACCAUCGUGCUGUCUCAAGCCGAAUGGUUCCGAUUCCCUCUUCCAGCGCAAUGGGGAACGCCCACCGUCAGUGCCGCAGGGGUGUUUGGGAUGCUGGCCGGUGUCUUGGCAUCAAUCAUCGAGUCCGUGGGUGACUACUACGCAUGCGCUAGAUUAUCCGGCGCACCCCCUCCCCCUAAGCAUGCCAUCAAUCGCGGGAUCGGUGUGGAGGGCAUUGGGUGUCUUAUCACCGGACUGUGGGGGAGUGGUAACGGAACUACGUCAUACAGUGAAAAUAUUGGGGCCAUUGGUAUCACAAAGGUUGGAAGUCUACGCGUCAUCCAAUACGGUGGGCUUGUCAUGAUGUUGGUUGGAGUUGUCGGUAAAGUGGGAGCUCUCUUUACAACUGUUCCCGAUCCUAUUGUCGGAGGUCUCUUUGUAGUCAUGUUUGGAAUGAUUGCAUGUGUCGGAAUCUCCAACCUGCAGUUUGUUGAUCUCAACUCAUCAAGGAAUCUGUUUGUCGUCGGUUUCUCGUUGCUGCUUGGCAUGGCCCUACCGUAUUAUCUCAACAAUCAUCCAGGCGCCAUAGACACCGGUGUGAAUGAGUUGGACCAGAUCAUCACUGUACUCCUCAAGACCAGCAUGGCCGUGGGUGGGCUCACCGCCCUUCUCCUAGACAACAUCAUUCCUGGCACACCCGAGGAGCGAGGCUUACUGGUGUGGCGCGCGGUGCAGGACACAGAGACCGAGGCGAAAGACGCAGAGAAAGCCCUUGAACUGGCUUCCAUUCACAUCUACGAUCUACCAUUUUGCCUCAAGUAUCUUAGCAAGUACACGUUUGCCAAGUACAUCCCAUUUUUGCCCUACUACUCUCCUAAAGAGGAACAUAGGAAUAGUUUACCGUUAGGUAGACUCAACGGGGGGUCUGGGGAAGAUGACUUGUAGGCAGCAAAAGGAGGACAACUCGCGUUGCCCAUAAUGCAUUGCUUGCCGAGCAUUUUGUAUGGUAUUUACAUCAAUCAAACUUGUUUUUAUAUCGAUCAAUCUUGUUUCUAUAUCAAUCAAUCUUUGUUUCAUAUCAAUCGAUCUAGUUUUUAUAUCAAUCCAUCUUAUUUUUAUAUAAAUCAAUUAUGUUUCUACUUUUCUAUAUCAAUCAAUCUUGUUUUUAUAUCAAUCGAUCUAGUUUUUACAUCAAUCCAUCUUGUUUUUAUAUCAAUCAAUCCUGUUUCUAUAACAAUCAAUCUUGUUUUCAUAUCCAUCGAUCUAGUUUUUAUAUCAAUCCAUCUUUUUUUACAUCAAUUUAUCUUGUUUCUAUAUCAACCAAUCUUGUUUUUAUACCAAUCAAUCUUGUUUUAAUAUCAAUCAAUCUCGUUUCACUCAACCAUACAAUGCAUUCUGGAAAGGACGAGCUUGCCCCCUUUAAAAAAAUUUAUAACAUAAAACUUAUUUACGCAGCAUGUUGCACGGGUAGUGGUUUUUGAGCUUAGAGUUUUCUUUUCUUUAUUUAUUAGUGGAUUUUCUCUCGAAAGGACAAAGGGCAAAGAGAAAAUAAGGAAUGUAAAGUACCAAACCACCUUUUUCUCCCUUUUCCUCCUGUUCCUCUACGAUCACACAUCUCCUGUAUUUAGAUGGCGUAUUGUUUAAUGCAAUUUUAAUGUAAUCGCACAUAACCAAGAGCCCUUAGGGGCGAUUGUAAAAGCGUCCCAAAACAUGCUUCAAUAUACUUGUAUGUAAGAGGGAUCCCUUAAACUUUAAAACGUAUUUAAUAAUGUACAAUUCCAUACGCUAUGGAGGCCAUCUUUGGCGCAAAUAACUAAUAAGUUGUGUAACUGCAGGCAGGAGUAGGUUAUUGUCCCUCACUGCCUAUUCGCCAUUUUUACGUUGCGCGGGGGAUUGGGUCGAGUCGAUAAACGAACAGCAUGCUGGGAUGAUUUUAGCAGGGUCCUGACACUUCAGUGAAGGGGGGGGGGGGGGUCCAAAUCCCAUUUUCCGGCCGUUAUUUUGGCAAAAUCCCGGUCCUGAUAUGUAAAAUUCCGGUGGCUAUACUGUAUUACAAUGUUUGGUUAUAUUAUACACUGUAUAUGCAGCAAAAUUUCCCUUAAAAGAGGGCCUAAAUUAGAAGAGAUUGGGAGUUUUAGGAAGUGAAAUCCGCUCAGUAGUAAGGUUUGAGGAUUGAUGCUAUUAUAAAGCUCUUAAAAUGCGAAAAAUAAUAUAGAUUAACAAAUUUCUAUAGCAUAAGAAAGAAGAGAUUUGAAAAAUCCCGUUCACGUUGAAGCAUGUUGAUUCCCGUUCCCGGUAGACAAAUCCCCUUCCCGGUAGACAAAUCCCCUUCCCGGUAGACAAAUCACCUUCCCGGUAGACAAAUCCCCUUCCCGGUAGACAAAUCCCCUUCCCGGUAGACAAAUCCCCUUCCCGGUAACCCUAAUCCCGUUUUUCCAGGCCAAAAUAAGCCGAAUCCCGGCUCCCGUUUUACUCCUUCAGGACCCUCUUUUAGGGGACGAAAAUUCAACAUGGCGUCGAACGAUAUGCCAAUGUUGAUGUUGUGAUGCUUUUAUUCAGCAUCACAUCAACUUGUUUACGACGCUCCACCAAACUUGUCCCAGCGUGCUGUUCGCUAAUCAACUCGACCCAAUCCCCCAUUCAAAGUAAGAAUGGCAAAUAUUAUACUAAUGAACUUUUUUAGAUUUCCUUUUAAGUUUCUUUUUUGUCAUUUCUACCUACGCCUUACCUACGUUCGUACAAACGGAAAAUAUAUAAUAUAAUACACCAAAAACUGGAAUUCGACUCUGCCAAAUUUUCACCUUUAAUAAGAUUUCUUCAGGGCAGACUGAAGAAGUCUUAUUAAAGAAGAAAACUUGGUAGAGUGGAACUCCAGUUUUUGGUGUCUGGUGUACUGUAUUCGUUCCCUUAUUUUUCUCGUUGCUUCUUACUUUUUACGAGAUUAGACUGUUUAUAUUUUAUUUAUCUAUGGGCGCUUUUUAAGGUGAAGGGAGCAUAGCUAUGUGUGUAUUAUAGUGAAAUAAAGUAGAUAAGAAUAAAAAAAACAUUUCUAUUU